AUGGACGAUGGACUCAGAGACGGUAUUCCUCCCGAUCAGCUUCAGAAGAGCGCUUACGAGCGCUCGCGAGAUCCCAAGUACGCGCACCUUCUCGAUAACAAGGUCUCGGUAUGGGCCAACAAGGAUGAUGGCUUUCCAGUCACUGCCAAUGUGCGGCUCGAUCGCGUGAAGUGGGUUCGCGAAUGGGACAAGGGCGUCGAGAAGGUGUCAAAGUCUGGUGCCAAUGUUUUUCUGAAGAUGGCCGAUGAGAAGGACGACGGUCCGUUUCUCCAUCGCAUACUUGCCCGCCCUGACCACGACUACCUGCGUAAUAUGCGGUUCCGAGCCAGUCACAACCACCGGAUCAUUUUCCACCAGAUUAGAUCGAGUCUGGGGAACCCUGCACUCGCACGCUGCCUUCCCAAGGAGUGGUUCACAAUCAUUACCCAAGAGGAACGUCGCGAUAUCCUUAGCAAGGGCAUCGAAGAUGCUUGCUGGUCCAGUUGGCUCGGUCAAGAUUCGCGCGUGCUCUGCCCCGAAAUCACUGCCACUUUGCUAUUGAGGCAAAAGGGGCUUGCGCUUUUCAAUUUCUUCGACCGCUACACUGAAAUCGCCUUGGCUUCCGAGCAGGACCCGUCUAAGAAGGAUAUGGUCGACAGCGAGUGGUGGUGCGAGGCUAGGUCUACGGUGCUGGACAUGGAAGUUGAGCCAGACUCCAUGCGGGAAAACUUCGCGUUUGCGUUCGAGCUCUACACCAUGCAUCGACAGAACUUCAUCGACCAAUUCGUUGCUUGCACUGUUCCGGUCAUCUACCAAGCUUGUACUGAGUACAUGACAAGAAGCAACUCGUCGAUACCUCGUCUGAUCUGGAAUGCUGGUUCUCGGGGUGUCAAAGAAAUCAAGGCUGCACGAAAAGAGUUCAGGAAGGGGUCAGGGCAGUCGUGCGAGUACUGCGAACGCAGUCCCGAAGAAAUUGGCGCUAACCCGCGGUUCUCCUUCUGUGUCGCGUGCAAGCGUCAGCUGGACUUUGAGUACUAUUACUGCUCAAAAGAGUGCCAGAGAGCGGACUGGCCCCUACACAAAGCCCACUGCGGGAAGGAGAAAGUAUCCAAAAGUCGCGAUGAGGGUCGUCCUGAGCGCACGCCUUCGCUCGCGUUGGUUCUACAGUCUGGCAUGUGGACAGAACACCCGGGGGCAGACUAUUUGCUCUUCAGAAUUGACGACUCCCUCGCUUUUAAGGCGUCAUUCCAGAGCGAUCCGGAGAAGCGAGCUUUGUUCACGGAGAAUCGAGAUGUGGCUACCGUCGACGCGGGUCGCGAUGGAGUCUCCGUUGUCGCAAAGUGUCUCGUGGAUGCGGUAGCAAGAUGCAAAGAUGCAUCCACCUUCAAACUUAGCAGGGAUGGGGUGAUACGUCAGCUUACCGAAGAGUACGAGGUUGACGUGAGGUCACGGUUGGAAAAGUUGGAAGGGGAUUUGGCCGCGAGUGGAGAAGGGGACCGGUAUGUUGGUAUGACGGUUAUGCCUUUGUGGGAGACAAAAUCCAAAAUGGCCGACUGAUUGAUGUAAAAGUGGCUUGUGACAUUCCCGUUAUUCAUGAUAACUCUCGUCGCAUGUGCUGUGAUAUGUCUCUACCAAGCAAGUUUAAG